AUGACCAACCGCCCUCCUUCUCGCACCUCUACGCCCACCGACAACAUCGCCUCCUUCCCGACUCCCUUCGACGCCCCGCGCAGCAACCAUGGCCCGCCCAGCGUCAUAUCCUCGCGCCUCACCGACGUCGACGAAAACGAAGACCCUCCCUACCCAAACGCGUCGCGCGUCCAGGGCGUCACCGGCCCCGUCGGCGAACCCGGCCUGCCCCCCUCGCGCCCCUCGUCCAUGUCCACCAUCAAAAACCGCAACUACUCGCAACCUCCGCCGUCGAGACGCGGUGCCGGCGCGCAUGGCCCAAGCCCCGGCACUCUGUCGGGCAGCGGCGAGCCCGUCUCGCACCGCCCCGCCACCGCAACGAGCAGGACGCACGUGUCGGGCAUCCAGUCUUCGGCCUUCUUCCGCCCCAUGAGCGCCAACAGGCUCCAGCAGCAGAGAAGCCAGCGCCCGGGCUCGCUCGUGGGCCGCUCGUCCAUGUCGCAUGACGGACAGAGCGACAUGGUCCGCAACUCGUACCGCAACAGCAUCGCGUCGAAUCCCAGCCAAGGACACCCGCUUGGCCUCCACCACGAACACGACGGCGAAGGGCUGCCUCCACCCUCUCGAGGCACCGAAUUCAGUGACCGAGACUUACCCGACCGGACCACGGCCAAUACCACGCCUACCGGCGGCGACACGGUACGUAGCCGUGGUGAGAGCAUCGCGCCGCUGCAGAAACCCAACCCGAAUCUUCACUUGGACGUUUCCGGAGCCAACAGAUCCGGCUCCGGACUUGCUCCACCUCAGAAGUCCCCACGCUCUUUUAGAUCCAGUUUCAUGAUUGCCAGUAGAGGUCCUAACUCUGGUUCAUUACGUCCGCAGGGCCAGGGCCACGAAAAGCUUUCUUCAGCCGCGUCCUCGCCCAGAUUGGCCGCCGCCGACGCCACCGCCGACGCCGCGAUUGCAAAGGCCGAAGCGCAGAAGGAGGCCAAUCUUGGCAGGAACUACCAGUACUUCACCGGUAACACGGUGUUUUGCUGGGGCGGUAGAUUGCAGAAUACCAGAGAUCGGCCUGUCAGCAUCGGCACUGGUUUGCUCGUUGUGGUUCCUGCGGCUCUUUUCCUUGGAUUUUCGGCGCCAUGGCUAUGGCUUCAUGUUUCUCCUGCGAUACCCAUCUUGUUUUCGUACCUCCUUUUAAUGUGCAUGUCUUCAUUUUUCCAUGCUUCUCUUUCAGACCCGGGGAUUCUUCCCCGUAAUCUUCAUCCUUUCCCGCCCUCCGAUCCGAACGACGAUCCGUUAGCCGUUGGCCCGCCUACCACAGAAUGGGUCAUGGUCAAAUCCGCCGCCGCCAAGACUUCUGCUAUGGAAGUUCCUACCAAGUAUUGCAAGUCCUGCAACAUCUGGCGCCCACCGCGCGCGCACCAUUGCCGCGUCUGCGACAACUGCAUCGAAACGCAAGAUCACCACUGUGUCUGGCUCAACAACUGCGUUGGCCGUCGUAAUUACCGUUACUUUUUCGUCUUCGUUGCAUCCGGCACGCUUCUCGGCGCGUUCCUGUUUGGCGGAUCGCUCGCACACCUGCUUGUCUGGAUGCACCAGGAACCGGGACGAUCGUUUGGCGAUGCAAUCAACAAAUGGCGCGUUCCUUUCGCCAUGCUCAUCUACGGCAUCCUGGUCACCUGGUAUCCGGCUUCGCUCUGGGGCUACCAUCUCUUCCUAAUCGCACGCGGCGAGACGACGCGCGAAUAUCUCAACUCGCACAAAUUCCUGAAGAAAGACCGGCACCGGCCGUUCACGCAAGCCGGGCUCAUCAAGAACCUCCGCGCGGUGCUGCUCCGGCCUCGGCCGCCCACGUACCUGAACUUCAAGAAGCGCUACGAGGAGGGCGACCAGCGGUUCGGCGAGCAUAGGAGCAAGCGCACGGCGCCGCUGUCGGAGGGCCAGCAGGGCGGCGUGGAAAUGCAGGACGUGGCCAGCACGACGGCGGGCAGCAUUGUGCAGCAGGGCUUCCAGGGCCCGUUUGCGGCGCAGCAGCGACGCGCGGGCGCCACGAGCCCCGCUAAUAGCACGCCCAGGAGUCUUCCCGGCAGCGCGGGCGGCGGCGGCGGCGGCGGCGGCGCGUAA